AUGUUGCCAUUUCAGCGAUUACUGCGCUCGCGGGCGCUCUUUAGAGCUAGCCCUGUCAUUUCGAGGAAUCUAAGGCCACAGAAGAGGACUUUGAUCGCGCCGCCGAAACCUGGUGAUGGGCCGUUAAUGGCAAGGAGAGCUGAUCGUGAAUUGCCUGAUAUCCCCGAAAAUGGCAUGAAAUGGGUCCGCACGAUCCCAAUCUUCCUCGUAAUCCUCAUCUCCUCCACCCUCGGCAUCUUCAACUACCAAAAGUCCUCCAGCAGCGUGGUCUCUUCGACCAUGUACGCUCUGCGCACCUCCCCAAAGGCACGCGAAUACCUAGGUGAAGAGAUAUAUUUCAAGAGCCAGAUGCCGUGGAUUUGGGGCGAGAUGAACAUGUUGCACGGCAAGAUCGAUAUUCAUUUUGCAGUCAAAGGAAGUGCAGAGAGUGGCACGAUGAGGUUUAAGAGUCAUAGAUUGGGAAGGCAGGGCAUGUUUGUUACGACGGAGUGGAGUUUGGAGACCAAAGAUGGGAGGAAGAUUGAUCUGUUGGAUGGGAGUGAUCCGUUCAAGGGCAUUGAAAUUAGUGAGGACGAGCCGAAAAAGGUCGGGAGAGGGAGCUAUGCGCCGAACUUAUCAUAG